AUGGGGCAUGUUCCGAUGGCAGCCCCUGAGACCAUUGUGGCCAUUGAUUUCGGAACUACGCGCAGUGCUUGGGCGUACCAAGUCAGUGGUCAAGCGGACAACACGAUUUUGGUCAAGAUUCUUGCAAGUGCAGACACUUCGGCAUCCUCCACCAAAACAGAGACAGUAGCUCUUAUUGGGGGGCGUGGCAGCGGAGACUUAAUCGCGUUCGGCCCCGCAGCGAUCGACGAGUAUGCCGCCAGUGAUAAUCCGGAUGACCAAGCAUUGUUCCGCUGGUUCAAGCUCGAUCUGUGCGAAUCCAGACCAGACCACACGGAUUUCGCCAGUGUCAUGACUGAGUCUGUAGAAGCGCGGCACACCGUGCCCUUGCUUGGUGUCAUGACAGCUUCACUUCGCUACUUCAAGGAAGACGUCCUCGGGUGUCUGUCGCGCACUGGCGGCAGAACGGUUGACGUAAACAGGGUGAACUGGGUGCUGACUGUGCCGGCCAUUUACGAUGACUUCGCCAAGCGGUUUAUGCGCCAGGCCGCGUUCGAGGCCGGGAUGAUUGACCGAGUGCACUCCACUAGGCUGCGCCUUUGCCUGGAGCCAGAAGCCGCGUGCCUUGCAGCAAUUGUGAAAGACAAUCCUUUGACCAGCGACGCAACAGACAAGAAGAUGAUGGUUAUCGACUGCGGGGGGGGCAUUGUAGACAUUACGGCGCACAAAAUCAUAUCCGUUGAGCCUCUAAUACUGGACGAGGUGGCCGCACCUGACGGGGGCCUGUUUGGAUCAACCCGCGUGGACCAUGCGUUCAAGGUGUGGCUGAAGGAAUUCCUCGGCGACAAAUUCCAGGGCAUCCAGACAACCAGGACACUCGUGUCCAUCAUGUCGAGUUGGGAGAGCAAGAAGGCCACGUUCCAAGGGACCGACUCGGCGGCGGGGUUACGGUUGAACUUUUCAGAACUUGCAGAGUACGACGUGACCAUCCAAGACAUGGAGAACCUGCGUACGAGCUACAACGAUGGGAAGCCCCCGUCGCUUCAUGUCGGGGGCGGGAAGUUCAACGUUACUCUGCCGACGACACUGGUGACUUCAUUUUUCGAGCCAACUCUGGAUAAAAUCGCUGAAUGCCUUCGGCGUAUCAAGCGGGAGUCGUCGCUGCACGACCUUUACAGAGUUUUCGUCGUCGGGGGGUUUUCGCGCUGCCCCAUGUUGCGGGAGGUGGUUAGGACUGGGCUCGACUUACCAGCGGGUCGUGUGGUGUUAGUGCAUGAGCCAGACCUCGCCAUCGUGAAAGGGGCCGUCAUGUACUUCAAUCGGUCGACGAUAUUCAACUCGCGGAAGGCUAGAUACACGUACGGGACCAACUGUGUCGUUCCAUUCAACGACAGUAUUGCGGAACACCGGCGCCGCCGCGCAGCCGGCAUGUGUGCCACCCACAACGGUAAGACGUGCUUACCCAACGCGUUCAGCGUGUACAUCAGAAAGGGAGACGACAUUCCAGUGGGCGGCAUCUUAAAGCGACGAAGUUACAUUCCGUUGAAGAAUUCCCAACAAGCGAUGUCUUUCCCCGUCUACGGUAGUUCCGAGAGGAAUCCGAGUUUCGCGGACGAGAAAGGCUGUUUCGAGGUCGGGCGAGUCUCGUUCGCGCUGGACAUGACCAAACAGUUCGAGAAGCGCGGAAUAAUCGGAGAGGUCACGUUCGGAGGACCGGAGUUGAUAGUAAAGAUACUGGAUUCGGAAGAAAGGGAGAUGACGGAUGGAGUCAUGACAAUGUCACGGGCACCAGCACCGACGUAUUAAGCGUCGAUCGGCGCGAAAUCAACCGGGGGGGUGAGGCCCCAGCCAAUACCCGACACACGACGCGGGUCCUUUGCUUGCCAAUCGUGUCCCUUUCCGUGUCAUCACUUUUCUUGUACGUUUGAUUGUUUCGUUGUAUCUCUUCUAUCCUCGUCUUCAACGAAAUACUUAUUGUUGCCUGCUCUACAGUAGUGCAUUCACUAGCGUAUGAUCUUGCUUCUUGUCCUUGUAUUUCGACGUAUGUGUGUGGGCCGUGGAAUCUUGGUCGGAAGACCGUUGAGGUACCAUGUGCUUCAAUUUCUUCUUUGAUUUGCUACUAAUAACGUUUGUGAAACUUUGUUUCUAGGCCUUGCAUAUAGUUCAUUUUUUCUUUGCCCCUUCGGCGAGUUUUGUGCGUGCUUUCUUCCUGUGUCUUUCUUGUGAUUUUCCAUUUUACGAGGUGUUAUUUUUCUCUAUUGUUUUCGCCUUUGUCGCCUUGUGUGCCUUCGUUGCCUUCUGUGUCUGCCAUCAAAUGGCUGGGUCCCUACGUCCUGUCGACUAUGCAUGCUUUGCAUUCAGGCUCCAUUCAUUGCGGUUGGGACAUACAUUCUGCGUUAGGCGCUCCACGUCCUGCUUUUUGGGCAGAGACCUUUCUUCCUUUUGCUUCACGGGUGGCCAGAGGGCAGGUUGUGGGUGGGUUGUGGGCAUCCACAAGGUAGGGGCAGGUUGUAGAGGGGGGUUGGGAGGAGGCCCCAACCUUGGUCAAACGGCUUGGUUGUACAAGGACGGAUGCGGAAAGUUGGGAGGCAGCCACAACGUCAGGCCACACCUCUUGGUUGUGCAAGCACAGAUCACACCGGUUGGGGGGCAUCCACAACCUGAGGUCACACUGUGCGCAAACGGAGACUGACUGUGUUUCGCGGGCUCUGUUAUGCGCAUGGAGGACAGUCGCCUCCCCAAGCGCAUGCUGUUUGAAGCGAUGCCGGGGUGCGUGGGAUACCGGGGCGGGCAGGAGAGCGACUGGGUGUCUCGUCUAGGAGAGGACCUCGUGGCCUUCAACAUGGGAGACGAAAAGGAAGGGGGGAAAUGGAAAGAGAGCGCCAAGGACCCGGAGGUGUGGUACAACAAGGUCGAGGACGGGGCGGCAUGGCUCACGAGGAAAUGGCACAGGUAG